GGGUACGUAGGUAGGUGAAGGGCGGGAAUAAGCGGCGCGUGGCGGCUGCUGGGACCGGAGGCCUCCCGCGAGCCGGGCUUUAGUCACGUUACCUACAAAGAGAAGAACGUGUAUGGUGCAGAGCUGUGGUGUAACAGGUGGAUCACUUACCUUGAAGAACUUUAUGGAAUAGUUUCAUGCAGCGGUUAAAUCCAGUAUUGCAGACAAAGCCCUUGUUGAACUAGUUCCUUGGACUUUUUGUGGUUCUACCUAAGAGCGGGAUGGCAGCAGUAAGCAGGACUCUGGGUUUGUUGCGUCAGGAUGCAAUGCACAGGUUACUACCCAUUGCUUGCCAUCUGCAUACAUCCCUCAGCCAACAUAACUCCAACAGGACGUCCAUCGCCCGCAUUCAGAGGCAGACAUACGGCAGGUCCUACCCAGUGCUCUUGGUCAGGCCUGAUGGAUCUACUAUUCACAUCCGCUAUAAGGAGCCAAGGCGGAUACUUACAAUGCCUGUAGACAUUAACACUCUUUCUGAGGCCGAAAGAAGAGCGAGGUUACGGAAACGCGAUUCCAGAAGGCUUAAGAGCAAACCGGAGGAAGUGUUGGAUGAUUUUAAUUUGGACGAUUACAGAAAAUUUUGGAAGAAGAAAUGAAUUUGUUCUGAGGAUCUGUGGAAGUGUAAAGGGAAGAUUUGGCAACCCGGGCCUGCAGAGAAGGAGACUAACUUACUGUUAUAAGGAGAAAGUUCGUAGCUGAGUAAAGAUUUUCUUUCUCUUCUGUG